AAGCCUCUCUGAGUUCCCCUACAAUUAACAGAUUUUCCACCUUUCUGUGUUGGCUGGAUUCCCUGCUGAGUCUCUGGCCUCUGUUGACUCUCACAGGCUUUUCCCUGCUCACAUUUCCUGGACACGCCCCCUUUGUGUCUUUACAAUAAUGUCCCAUGUGAUUUGACUUGCUCAUCAUCUUCCUGCUGAGGCUUCUGCUCCAAGGUCUCGCUCACCCUCCCAUCACCCGCUGGGACACAGAGAAAAAAAGUCAGAAACAGGAAUGGAAAAGCAGAGAACAAAUGGAAAGAACAGCUGGAGAUGAAGACAAAUGAGGGACUGAAUUUCCCCAAACUCUUCCUCAAAGGGGAGGAGGGGAUCAAUUCUACAUCCAGUGCCCUCUAAACACCCAGGGAGAAGGAAGUUCGGGGAGGACGCUACUGCCAGGAGACAGUCAGGAUAGGUAGGAAGCCAAGAGCAAUAUCUGCCCUGAGGAUAUGACUAUUGCUGCAGACAAGCCUGAACCAAGAGAGUUCACAAGGUCUUUGUUGGGAAUCCCAGCUGUUUCCUUCUGGCACUGAGUUCAUUUCAUGAUUCCUCACCUGUGUAGAUGUCUCUCAGGCUCUCUCUUUCCUCUGAGCCCUGGAGAUCUGGGGAUAACAGCUCUGCCCAGCUGGGAGAUAUCAGGUUUGGAAACUGGAAUCCCUGCCCACAGAAAAGAAGACAAGUGAGAUCAGGAAAGUCCUGGAGUAAGGGGACAGGGUGGGGAUGCUGCUCUCCAAGAUCAACUCGCUGACCAACCUGUGCUCCGGGUCCGGUGGGGAGCUGCACCCGGCCAAGCUACAGCCAGGGAAGGACAAGGAGCCGCUGGAGAAGCUGUACCAGGUGGGCCCGCUGCUGGGCAGUGGUGGCUUUGGUUCUGUCUACUCGGGCACCCGCCUGUUGGACAGCGCCCCGGUAGCCAUCAAGCACGUGUACCGGGACCGGGUUUCUAACUGGGAAGAGCUGCCUUGUGGGAGCAGAGUGCCCAUGGAGAUCCUGCUCCUGAAGAAAGUGGGCUCAGGCUUCCGGGGGGUCAUUCAGCUCUUGGACUGGUUUGAGAGACCGGACAGCUUCGUCUUGGUUUUGGAGCGACCGGAUCCUGUGCAGGACCUGUAUGACUUCAUCACGGAGCGGGGUGCUCUCCCCGAGGAGCAGGCCCGCAGCUUUUUCCGCCAGGUUCUGGAGGCAGUUCAGCACUGUCAUAGCUGUGGGGUAUUGCACCGGGAUAUCAAGGAUGAGAACAUCCUGGUUGAUCUGAACAGCGGGGAACUGAAACUCAUAGAUUUUGGGUCUGGGGCAUUACUCAAGGACACAGCUUACACUGAUUUUGAUGGGACCAGAGUGUACAGCCCCCCAGAAUGGAUCCUCAAUCACCAAUAUCAUGCCAGGUCAGCCACAGUCUGGUCUCUGGGGGUCCUGCUAUAUGACAUGGUCUGCGGGAUUCUCCCCUUUGAACAUGAUGAGGAGAUUAUUAAGGGCCAGGUCUGCUUUCGGCAGAGCGUCUCUCCAGAGUGCCAGCACCUCAUUGAAUGGUGUCUGGACUUGAGGCCCUCCGACAGGCCAUCCUUGGAAGACCUCCUAAAUCAUUCAUGGAUGCAAGACGUUCCUUUGCCACAGAAAACAGCAGAGAUGCACCAGCACAAUCUAAUUCAGGAGUCUGGCGAAUAGCAGUUCCUCUCAUCCACGGGGUGUAAAAGAGAAAACUCUUGCCAGUGGCUGCCUGCCUGUUACAUGGGAACAUUCAUAUCUCAUUCCAGAGGCCAGCUAACUGGCGAAUCUUCUGAGAGGCUGGAGGUUAGGCCCUGCCUUACCUGAUGUCUUGCCCAGGGGGGCUCCAGGCCCCAGCACGCCAAGCACGUACUUGGGGCAGCAAGCCGCAGGGGGCGCUCUGCCGGCGCUGCC